UUGGUUGUGAAGUUCCUCUCUGGAGACAUUCCCAGCCCGCCUGGACGCGGUCCUUUAUCACCUGCUCUGGGUGACCCCGCCUCGGCAGGGAGCUCGGCCUGGGACAUCUCCAGAGCUCCCCUCCAACUCGAACCAGGCUUCAGCGAGAAGGGGAACACGAGGCUCCCAGCCGGGGAGCGGGGGAAGCUAUUCCGAAUCUCCAAAUCCUCCGGAACCGGCUGUGAGGAAGCGGAAAGGGUGGAGCGGGGCCGGGCAGCGGCGGCGGCCAUGGCCACGGCGGAGGGAUCGGAGGGACGCGAGCCGGGAAGCGAGCCGGGAAGCGAGCCGGGAUGCGAGCAGGGAUGCGAGCACUACCGGCGGGGCUGCCGGCUGCGGGCCCCGUGCUGCGGGAAGCUGUACCCGUGCCGGCUGUGCCACGACGGAGCCGAGGAGCACCAGCUGGACCGGUUCCGGGUGUCCGAGGUGCAGUGCAGCCGCUGCCGGCUCCUGCAGAAGGCCCAGCAGCGCUGUGAGGGCUGUGGCAGCCUCUUUGGGGAGUACUACUGUGACAUCUGCCACCUGUUUGACCGUGACAAGAAGCAGUACCACUGCCAGGAGUGCGGCAUCUGCAGGAUUGGCCCCAAGGAGGAUUUCUUCCACUGCUCCAAGUGUAAUUUGUGCCUGAGCCUGAGUCUCCAAGGAAAGCACAAGUGUAUUGAAAAUGUCUCCAGGCAGGACUGUCCAAUAUGUUUGGAGGAUAUUCACACAUCUCGUGUUGGAGCCCACGUUCUGCCGUGUGGUCACCUUCUUCACAGAACAUGUUAUGAUGAAAUGCUGAAGGAAGGCUACAGGUGUCCCCUGUGCAUGCACUCGGCCUUGGACAUGACCAGGUACUGGCGCCAGCUGGACAACGAGGUGGCACAGACUCCCAUGCCCACCGAGUACCAGAACAUGAUGGUGGAGAUCCUUUGCAACGACUGCAACGCCCGCUCCACGGUGCAGUUCCACCUGCUGGGCAUGAAGUGCCAGAGCUGUGAGUCCUACAACACGGCCCAGGACGGGCGGUGCCGGCUGUCCUUGGAGGAGCAGUGACCGGGGCGCGCGCGGCGCUCGGCCGGGCCCCGCCAGAGACUGGUUUGGGAACAAAGCAACUCUUGUGUCAGUAAAAAUUCCAGUUUUCCCAGUUCAAGGAGUCCUUUACUGCAUCAGGGAGGAGGCAGGUGAGAGGAGCAGCACGAGGAGAUGUGGCGAGCGGCUGGCUCCUGCAGCGGCAGGAGGAGUUUGGGGCAGCUGAAGGGGAAGGGAGGUGGAGGGGCAGCUCUGGGGGAAAAUGGGUCGCUCUGAGAGGCCUUUGGGGUUAGUGCCAGCAUCCACGGGGCUGUGUGUGAGGAUGUGGUGUUCCCUGGGAAUGAUGUGUGUGCCCCCUGGGAAUGAUGGGUGUCCCCAGGGACAGCGGGCAGGGGUGGCAUCCUCGGCUGCCUUCGUGCACUGCCACCUGUGUGUACAGAAUUCCCUUGAAACAAGGGAAUUGCCCUGCCUGCUGGGAUGAGCAGCUGGAAGAUCCAGGUGCAAAGCCCCCUUUUUCCCCCUGGACACCCAUCCUGACUUGCUGCCUUCCAUCUGCUCAGAUUCCUUUGCCAGCUGCAGUGGCUUUUCCCCCCGUUUCUUCCUCGUUUUGCACUGUUCACUGGCAGAGGCUGAGGUGGGGCAGGGUUUGAGACUCGUGCCUAGCUGGAUUGUGCUGGUUAGGUACCUACAGUGCAACACAUCCUUCACAUCAGGCUGAGCCUGAGAUGUUCACUGAAAUAAAGCAGGCCAGGGUCCAGUUUUCUGUGCUUUUGGUGUUUGUUCAUGGUAGAACUUCACUGGGGGGACAACAGCUGCGUUUUGAAAGAAAAAAAACCCCAACUCCACCCUCUGUCACGUAACAUCCUGCCUGAGGUGUUUUGCAGUCUUAAAUAUUGCAGGAAGUCCUUGAUUUCUGUGAGUUUCACAUGCAGAUACUUUACAGUAAUAAGAUACAAAAAAGGGUUAGUUACUCUUCAGGUUAUGACUACUCAUUUUUAACUUGUUCUGUUGUAAAAUGAGCUUUUCUUAAUCCAGCAGUGGCCGUUUUCUGUAGGGAAUAUUUAGGAUUUGGAUGGUAGCUAUUGUAGCAUGCCUUGACUGGGGUAUCUUUUUCCGGAGCACUUUUCUCACUGCUAUAAAUAAAUGUAAAAAAAGGUCUCUAUUAAAAUAAACAAAUGACA